AUGGAUACCGACAUCGAGCAUCUCGUCCGGUGCUGUGAGGCUUGUCAGUUGCACCGUCGUUCCCCUCCACCUGUACCUUCGCCUCACUGGUCCCGCCCGACUCAACCCUGGCAUAUGCUCCACGUUGAUUUGGCAGGCCUGGUGGAAGGACAAAUGUAUCUGCUGGUCGUAGACGCAUUUUCCAAAUGGCUGGAAGCACGCAGGGUGAACAAAUCCACGUCUCCAGCGGUAAUCCAAACGCUCCGCAAUUUAUUUGCCACGUUUGGGGCCCCUCAGAAAGUGAUUAGUGACAACGGCACCGCCUUUACUUCACGAGAACGUCGGGCCUUUUUCAAGGCCAACGGCGUUACGCAUUUCACCAGCGCACCCUACCACCCGGCAACUAAUGGUAAAGUAGAGCGCAUGGUAGCAGAACUGAUAUCCGCGCCAAAGCGCGACCGGCUGGGUACCACGGAUCGCCCGAUAACGAGGUUCCUUUUCAAGCAACACAUCACCAUUGACACUACUACUCGGCAGACGCCUGCUUUCCUCAUGUCUCAGAGGGAACUACCCUCUCCCUUGUCUGCUCUCAGACCCUCCAUUCAACCACCUUCUCCCACUCAAGAAGAGGAGACUUCUCCUAGCCUACCAUACUCGUAG